AUGAAAUUGCUAUUAUAAAUGAAUAUGGAUAUAAUGGCAAACGUUUUACAAUUGUACUUACAGUAUUUGCUGCUAUUGGCAUAAUGGCUUUUAUCGUUGCGUCAUUUUGGUCAGAUAUUUUGAACAUUAUUUUAUCGUCAAACACAUCAAGAGCACAUCACUUGCUUAUCAGGACAGAGUAUUUGAUCGAUCAAGAAAAAUAUUUUUAUUUGAUACUACUGCACAUCAUUGUAACAGUUUGCAUCGGAGGAACUGCUGCAUUAGCGAUAGGAACAAUAUUGUUUACAUAUCUUCAACAUGUUUGUGGAAUGUUUAAAAUUGCCAGUUAUCGUAUCGAACGUGCAAUGAGCAUCACAAUGCUACAAAAUAUUAACCUUAAAAAACAGAUUUUAAUAUUUAGGGGUUUAAUUUGUGCUGUGGAUAUUCAUCGACAAGCUAUGAAAUUAUCGAAACGCUUGCAAUAUAGUUGUGAAAAAAUGAUGUGCUGUUUAAUAGCAUUUGGAGUAAUCUCGGUGAGCCUUAAUUUGUUUUGGAUUGCUUCAUCUAAAGAAGAACUUAUAUUGCCUUUCCUAUAUGCAACUAUUUCUAUUAUAUACAUGUUUUUAGCCAAUUAUAUUGGUCAACUUAUAACUAAUCACAAUCAUCACGUAUUUGUUACUGCGUAUAAUGUUCAAUGGUAUAUAGCUCCAUUGCAUAUACAGAAAAUAAUAUUAUUUUUGUUACAAAGAAACUCGAAAAACUUUACUUUGAGUGUCGGUGGACUAUUUAUUGCAUCUAUAGAGUGUUUUGCUACGCUAGUGAAGACCUCAGUAUCUUAUUUUACAGUCAUAUAUUCUACACGAUGACAAAACUAUAUUGAUUGGAAGUAAAUAAAAUUGAUAAG